UUAAUAAAUGGUAUAGUUUAUUCAUAGCAAAACCAAAGUGAUGAGUAAAAAUAUGAAACUGAUUUUUCAACUCUUCGAGUUAAAUCUAGAUGAAAAAAACAUAAUAGAACUCGUAACUGGAAUUAAAAUGAACUCCUCAUUCAUUUAACCAUGCAUUUUAUGUUUUACUCAAUUUAUUUAAAUAUUCAGUUUUUAGUGUUCGUUUAUUUAUUCCUUAAUACAUGAGCAAAAAAAAACCUAACAAUAAUUCAAAAAAAUUGGAAACCUAUUUCAGGAAAUUGAUCUUUGUUUGAUAUAUUGCAAUUGCGAUCGCACUGAUUUUUCCUAAAACUGGUCAACAAGUAAACAAGAAACCAGCCUAAAGCAACGAAGACACUUUUCUUAUAUAAUCGCGGUCGUAACCUGCUCAUUUGGAAAAUCAUUUAUUUGUUUACCACAGCUAUUUCCCCCUUUACCCUAUAACUGUUAUUGCUGUCCGAAAUUUUAUUAAUCUCUCAACUACCUUAGUACCUUCAUAUCACUGUUAUUUCAUAUAACUUAUUAUAGCUCAAUCUUAAUAAAUAAGUCAUAUCUCGAGGUUAAAUUGGAAUCUGAAGCCAUUUGGAACCAAAAAUCAAAUUGAAAUUAUCAGUCAAAGACUUUUUCAGCUCAGCCAUUAUGAAAUUUUCUUCAACUGUUUCCCUAUUUUUGUUCGGACUUUUGUUCGUUUUAUGCAUUUUUCCAUGUUUAUUCUUCUCGGUUGUUUCGGCUGAAAAAAACAAAAAUGCAGUUAGUUCGGCUGACCAAUCAGAAGCCGAGGAGGAAAGUGUUUCGAAAGUGAAGAACAGUGACGUCACUGAUCUCUUGAAUUUUCUCAUUUCAGACGAAGAAGACGAGUAUGGGGCCAUAAGGUACGACAAGACCCUGCGUCCCUUGUUCGGUGGGGAGGGGGUGCAAGUGGGCAUCACCAUGAAUCUGGACAGUCUGGGACCCAUUGAUGAAGUGAACAUGCACUUCAGAGUCGACAUCUCAUUCAGGCAGUUUUGGAGGGACAGUAGACUAGAUUUUGCACAGUACAAUGGGCCACAGUACACUCACAACUUGACACUCUCACACGAGUUUCUAGAAAGGAUUUGGGUUCCGGAUACCUACUUCCCAGACUCUUUGGACGCCUCGAAGCAGGAUGUCAUGGUGCCCAAUGUUCUCAUCAGACUAUCUCCCGAUGGAUCCAUACUCUACUCAUCAAGAGUAACGGUGAUCACGAAAUGUCCGAUGGAGUUGGCGGCCUUCCCCCUCGACACCCAGACGUGCAUCUUGAGACUAGAGUGCUACGGCUACACCGCGGAGGAACUCAGACUCUUCUGGAAGGACGGAAUAGACUCAGUUACAAUGAAGAGAAAAGGAAAAGACGGCAAAACGGUGAAAAACAGCAGUAUUCAUCUGGCCCAGUUCAAAAUGGAGAAGAUCGUUCUGACCAACCAGACUUUUUCUUUCUCUACAGGGUCGUUCAUCCAAUUGCAAGUCAAUUUCCACCUCAAACGAGAUUUGUUGUUCUUCAUUCUACAGAGCUAUGUUCCUUCUACAUUUAUUGUCAUGUGUUCAUGGGUUGCCUUCUGGAUCAACAGAGAGGGAAUACCGGGCAGAGCAUGUCUAUCAAUCACUACCGUGCUAAGUCUCAUCACUUUGAUUGGCUCCACCAACGCCGAACUCCCAAACGUGUCCACAAUCAAAGCACUCGACAUCUACUUUGGCAUCUGCUUCCUCUUUGUGUUUGGGGGUCUCUUUGAAUUCGCUACAGUUGUCUAUCUGGCCAUGUUGGAGAAACAGGAAAAGGCGGAGAUCAAAGCCAAACAGGACAAGGCUCAGGCGUACAUGGAUGGACUUCAGAGCAAGAGGGAGGCACAGUUGAUGAGUGAGAUCGCAGACUCAUUCUCCGUCAACAUUCCCCACAGAAUCAGCACCACCACCUCCCCCACACCGCUGGAACUGUCCUCACAGGCACUGUCUGUACUGGAAUCUGUUUCCAGGACGAGAAAAGACGAGUACAAAGCGAUGCGCUGUUCGAUGCCAAAAGCAAAACAGUUUCCUUCCACGAGGACAGUGACUGCGUCCAGGAUCGAACUCUGCUCCAGAUACGCAUUCCCAUCUCUAUUUCUGCUAUUCCAAUUAGUCUAUUGGGGCUAUUACGGUUUCCUCAGGGAAGUCAGUUCAGAACAGUCAGAACCCACGUGAAAACAAAGAAGAAUGUGAUGCUGAAACGUGAACAAAAUUAAUAGAUUUUUAAAUUUU